AUGGAAGGCCUGAUUAAAUCUCGAGGCAUAAUAAAAGGUAGAGUCACGUCGUUUAAGAAUUAUCUUGCAAAAACGCUCGCAUCAUGUGCAGAUCUACAUGCACCGCUAGAAGAGUUAAAGAAGUUAGAGAUUCGCGAACGCGUCAGCAGCAUACGAAAGGCGUAUCAAACAUAUGAAGAAAUACAAGCUGACAUCGAAAAGGAAACUGAUAGGUUAACGGAAGCGAUAGAAUAUAGGGAAAAGUUCGAUGACGAAUAUUUUCAGGCAAUAGCACAAGUUGAAUCAUUAAUCGCGCGUAGCGCCUCCCAUUUGAAUGCAGAUGGAGCGUCUUUGGGUGCUGCAACGAACGAUGCGCAGUAUUUACAGGCAUCGUCGUCGGCGGCUCGGACGACAAUCAAUGAAGGUUUGGUCAACUCAUUCGCGAAUCAAGGUAAUCGGGUUAUCUAUAAGAUGUCAGGUAUCAGAUUGCCGACUAUCGAAUUACCCAAAUUUAGUGGCGAAGUAGCCGAAUGGCUUAGUUUCCGUGACACAUUCGAAUCGUUAAUACAUAAGAAUGAAACCAUUGACUGCAUACAGAAAUUCCUUUAUUUAAGGGCUUCAUUAGAGGGUGUGGCGGCUCAAUUCAUUAAGUCAUUGGAACUCACAACAGUAAAUUACACUGUAGCAUGGGAGAUUAUUAGUCGAUUCAAUAACAAAAGGUUGUUAGCACAUAAUCACAUUAAAGCCAUAUUUGAUAUUCAAUCCUCAAAGGAGGAAUCAGCUGCUAAAAUACGAGAAACCAUCGACACUCUUAAUAAGCACCUGCUCCCUUAA